UUCCGUUUCGGCCGCGAGCCGACAACCUCAAGUGUCAGUGUGUGAUAGUCCCGGGUGUGAUAGGAUGGGAAGCUUCAGGCGAAGUGUUUUGGAAGCACUUCCACUGGUGCUGCUGCUGAUUGUAAGCGUGCGUGGCGAACCUUCCUUCAAAUGUGCCGAGAAUUAUUGCGAAUUUGUCGUAAAUGAGCAGCUUCUGGGCGGAGAUGUGCAGGCGUACAAGUUCAAUCUUUCCGCCGAGUAUGGUACGGUUGAGGUGCAGUUCGAAAAGUCGCUCGUGUCGAUUGUACCGCCGUCGCUGUUCGACGACAAUGGGCAGAAAGUGGAUACGCUCGUAAUGCGCGAGGUUGACGUGCAGCGUGUCGAUGCGGACACGUUCACGAAAGCGGUCGCACUGAAAUCACUGCAGAUGCACAGAAAUCGCAUCCCGAAGCUGUUCAACCGCAUGUUCCGCAAUGCCACGAAUCUGCGGCGUAUCAACUUUGGCGGCAAUCGCAUCGAUGCGGUGGAGGAGUACACGUUCGAGGGGUUGGUAAAUUUGAGCGUGAUUCGGCUGUCGCGCAACAAGAUCCCAGUGCUGCCAAGGAAGCUGUUUGCUGGAUUGAGCUCACUCACGAGCCUGCUGCUCGAUCACAAUCGGAUCCUUGAGCUUCCCGAAGGGAUAUUUGAGGAUCUCACGAUACUUGAUGAGCUGUACCUGAGCUUCAACUUCUUGGAGAGACUGACCAGGAAUAGCUUUAAGGGCUUGGUAGAGCUAGAUAAUCUGGCACUGCACAACAAUCGUAUCAGCACGAUCGAACCGGACACGUUCGCCUCGCUGGCGACGCUACAGUAUUUAACUUUGGGAUCGAACCGGUUGACCAGCCUGGCUCCGGAAACGUUUAUUGUGCAGACGAAGCUGGCUAAACUGGAUCUGAGCGUGAACCAGCUGGCCGAACUGCCGAAGGAUCUGUUCCGCUACACCACCGCGCUGAAAGAGCUGAAGAUGAGCAACAAUUCGCUGAAGGAGUUGCAUUCGGAUCUGUUCGCAAACACAGCCAAGCUGGAGGAUCUAGUCAUUUCUCACAACGAGGUGGAGUCGUUGGAUGCGGCACUGUUUAGAAAUCUGCGAAAGCUGGAGAUGCUAUUGCUGGAGAACAACAAUAUUGGUCAUAUCUUCCCUGGUACGUUUGAUGCGCUACAAUCGCUGCGGGCGUUAGAUUUGAACCAAAACGGCCUCAUGACGAUCGAGGGAGGCUUAUUCCGUGCGCUGAGGGUAUUGGAUAAGCUAUAUUUGCAGAAUAAUCUUAUCAGCAUGGUAAGCGGAGACAGUCUCGAAGGGGCCGUACAGCUUACUGAGCUGUAUCUGAAAUAA